AUGAUGUUCCUGCUGCCCAACAGCACAGACGGGGCCUGGGUGAGCGAUGCCGAGCCGCUGGAGUGGGAGGAGUGGUCGCCCUGCAUGGAGGGGAUCAUCCCUGUAAUUUACUACAGCGUCCUGCUGGGCCUGGGGCUGCCAAUUAACAUCCUGACGGCCAUCGCCCUGUCCCGCCUGGCUGCCAGGACAAAGAAAUCGUCCUACUGGUACCUGCUGGCCCUGACCGCCUCCGACAUCCUCACCCAGGUCAUCAUUGUCUUCAUGGGCUUCAUCCUGCAGAUGGCCAUCCUGGCCCACAAGGUGCCCCAUGCCUUCCUCCACACCGUCAAUGUGCUGCAGUUUGCAGCCAACCAUGCCUCCAUCUGGGUGACCGUGCUGCUGACGGCCGACCGCUAUGUGGCGCUGUGCCACCCGCUGCGCUACCGCAUGCUCUCCUACCCCGAGCGCACCCGGAAGAUCAUCGCCGCAGUCUUCGGCACGGCGCUGGCCACCGGGAUCCCCUUUUACUGGUGGCUGGACAUCUGGCACGACUCCCAACCACCCACCACCGUGGACAAGGUCCUCAAGUGGGUUCACUGCUUCACCAUGUACUUCAUCCCCUGCAGCAUCUUCCUGGCCACCAACUCCGUCAUCGUCUGUAAGCUCAAGUGUGGGAACCGGGUGGAUGGGCACCACCGGCGCGUGGGCAAGACCAUCGCCAUGCUGAUGGCCGUCACCGCCAUCUUCACUGUGCUGUGGGCGCCCCGGACGUUCGUUAUCCUCUUCCACAUCUACAUGGGCUCCACUAACAAGAACCGGAGGCUGCACGUGGCUCUGAACCUGGCCAACAUGAUUGCCAUGCUCAACACCACCGUCAACUUCUUCUUCUACUGCUUCGUCAGCAAGACCUUCCGCCGCACGGCCGGCCAGGUGAUCCGCUCCUGCAGUCCCUUCUGCAAGCCCACAAACAGGGGCUUUCUGCACUCGGCUCUGAAACCGCUGGGGCUGCUGGAGAAUGUGUCCCUUUAGGGCAACAGAGUCGGUGUGGUCCUGCUCUCGAAGGGUUCCCAGUCAUGGGAAUGUGUAGCUCAGCUACCCCAUUCCCACGUGUCCCUGUGGAUCCCAGCCGCCGAGGGGCUUGAGCUGAGGGCGAGAUAUGACGUGCAGCAGCCAGGGCAAGGAGUUGAGUUACAGUGUACUGGCUGGAUAGGAGACAGCUGGCACUAGCUGGUAUGGGCAAGAUGCCAGCUGGUACAGUGGCCCCAACAGAGCAGGAACCCUCAGACCUAGGGGCCUGACUUGAGGCAUCUGUGAUUGCUGUGAACUCAUG